AUGGCCUUCACCGUCCUCUCCGACGACAACGUCAAGGAGAUCUUCCAAGGUCUCACCCUCGACAAUGUCCACAGCCUCGCCGAUGCCCUCGAACGAGCCCUCCUCGACUACUCGUGCGCCAACGAACAGCAAUACCAACCUGCCCGCAGCGUCGUCUCCCGCCCCUCCACCGGCCAGGUCAGCCUCUUCAUGCCAGCCACGACCCCCGAGUUCCUCGGCGUCAAGAUCGUCGGCAUCGCCCCCUCCAAGUCCCCCUCGACAGCCCCCGCCGACGACGGCAAGCCCCCUCUACCCGCCCUCCAGAGCGCCCUGACCAUCUGCGACGAGCUCGGCCGCGCCAUCGGCAUCCUCAACGCCGCCGAACUGACCGCCUUCCGCACAUCUCUCGGCUCCAUGCUGCUGUACCGCUGGCGCAAGCAGACGGAGAACAUUCUCGUCUUCGGCGCCGGCGCGCAGGCCGUCUGGCACGUGCGCCUGGCCAUCCUGCUCAAGGGCAAGGACAUCCGCAACAUCACCGUCGUAAACCGAUCGAGCGACCGCAUCUACAAGCUGAUUGAGAGCCUGAAGGCGACGGGCACGCUGCCCGACCACAUCACCAUCACGCCCGUCGAGACCAAGGACGCGCAGGGGGACGCGCUGGAGGAGCUCGUCACGGCGGCGGACGCCAUCUUCUGCACGACGCCCAGCACGCAGCCGCUGUGGCCGGCGUCGUACCUCACGUCGGAGAAGGCCCGCCAGAAGACGAGGUUCAUCUCGGCUAUUGGCUCGUAUCGUCUCGACAUGGCGGAGAUUGACCCCGAGCUGCUCAAGGCCGUGGUUGACCCCGCGGGACCCUUCGCCUCGCAGGUCCUGAAUGGCCAGAUUACAGUGGACAGCCGGGAGGGAUGCACCGAGGAGGCUGGCGAGCUCGUAUCCGCUGGGAUCCAGCACAGCCAGAUGCUCGAGGCCGGCAUGGUCCGUGAUCAGAAGAACAAGGGGUCGUCGCCCGAGCUGGACCGGUGGCUGGAGUCUGGGUUCGUCAUCUACAAGAGCGUGGGUAUUGGCAUCAUGGACAUUGCCAUUGGCAAGGCCUUGAUGGACCUGGCCAAGGCUAAGAACAUUGGUUUCUAUGCGCCCAGCUUUUAA